AUGGAAUCUAACAAAAGCUCGGUGGAUGUGGUGGAUGGCACAUGGUCUCAUCUCAACGGGCUGAUUGCGGAUGUGCCCUGCUGGACGUGCAGACGUAGGCGCCUGAGAUGCGACAACCUCAAGCCGUCAUGCGUCAAAUGCACCCGGGCGGGGUUGCAGUGUCUGGGGUAUGGUCCCAAAAAACCUCUUGUCUGGGUCGAACAUGGCCGCCGCCGCAAGAUGGCUCACAAACAGACGCCACAUCCAGCAUCACCAACCCCAGCCCCUUCCGUCAAAAUUAGUGACCAAGAAUGGCCCAAGACCCAAAAAAAGCAAGAUUCAACACACGAAGACGUACAGCGGGCGCCAGAGGACGAUGGUCGGCAACUCGACAGAUUGGAGGUUGGCACGCUUCUCAAAAGCCCAGCUGAUCCCAUGCUCCACCAGUAUGGCAUCAAGUCCGUCGAGUACAUAUCGUAUUACGAACAACGUUGUUGUAUGGAGUGUAGCAUCUACGACGAAAAAUCUGUAAAUCCGUUCAGACGGUUCAUGCCAAUGGCACUGUCUAACCCACUCGUUCAUCAUACCAUCGUAUCCCUCGCGGCACAUCAUCGAGCACGUUCUGAGAUUACGUUGCAAUCUCCAGAGAAACAUGGCUUGCUGUUUCACAAGGCAAUUCUAGACAGCGUCGAGCCCAGUGAUACUGCGACAUCAUUGCAACUCCGCUCCAGGGACUUUGCAGACGCUCUCAUGCACAAGCAGCAAGCCAUAACGCACAUGAGAUUGGCAUUAACGGGCUCAACCCCUUCGGACGCAGUUAUCGUGUCCACACUGCUCCUGAUUUGGGUAGAGCUUCUCGAAUCUGGGUAUCGGUCCUGGAAGUAUCAUCUUGGUGGCAUGCGGGCCUUGCUGGUUUCACGAACAAGCGCUGCCCUAAGAAGUGACGUCGAAGCUAGGGGAGCGGGUUCCACGCUUCAUGAUGCCACGUUUUGGAAUUUCGGUGCUUAUUUUGAGGAAAUUUAUGUCUCGCUUCAAACAUUUGGCUCAACAUUGUGUCGCGAUAAGCCAGACUUGUCUGAGACCUUCACCGACCCCGGACUUUACACGAUCUUGAGACGUGGGGAAUUCCGGGGUUGGACGGGAUGUCCCGCGGAGCUGUCGCACAUUCUCUGUGGCUUUAACUCCCUUCUGUGCCCCUCGAGGGCUGAGAAUCACCAAGAAAACUUUGCCAUGCGCGCAUCGCAACUGUUCCAGCGGCUCGAACAGUUCUCUUGUCGGCAGUGGGCAGUGGACUAUCCCGAACCACAUUAUGUGUCUCAGAGAGAAUCUUUGGCGCAUGCCUACAAGUGUGCAAUUGAGAUCUACGGCCGCAGGGCUCUAGCCGGGCAACAUUCCAGCGAGCUUUCCCAUGUUGCCCAUGCCGCAGUUGAGUCUCUGCGAUGCAUUAGCCCAAGGGAUUGCCACUUCAAAGGAUGCCAGUGGCCGGCAUUUGUCGCAGGUGCCGAGGCAAGGGACCCUUCAGACCGGAUGGCGGUCAAACAGAUCCUUCUCGACAUGCACAAACUAGUCAGGACGCGGAACGUGGAACAGGCCAUAAUCAUGCUCGAGAGAAUAUGGCGCCAAUCGGAACUUCCAAACCCCAAAACAUGGAUUGAGUACGUGUAUGAUACAGGCGAAGAGCUACUUCUCGUAUGA